CUUUUUCCUCGUAUAAAUACCCUCUGCUUCUCUCCCUAGUCCUCACAACCCAAGAAAUUGUUGAAGAUACAAACUUUCUUGCCUGCUUUUUCUUGCAUUUUUCUUUCUGUAACCUGCAAUGGCCGGGAUUGUGGUGGUUUUUGAUUUCGACAAGACCAUCAUUGACGUUGAUAGCGAUAACUGGGUCUUAGACGAACUGGGUUUCACAGAUUUGUUCAAUCAACUUCUUCCUACCAUGCCCUGGAACUCUCUCAUGGACAGGAUGAUGAAGGAGCUUCAUUCUCAGGGGAUAACAAUCGAACACAUUGUUGAGGUCUUGAAACGAAUCCCCAUUCACCCUCGGAUUGUCCCAGCGAUUAAAUCAGCUCAUGCUUUAGGGUGUGAGUUGAGGAUUGUAAGUGAUGCAAAUAUGUUCUUCAUUGAGACAAUACUGAAUCAUCUUGGGUUAAGGGAUUGCUUCUCAGAAAUCAACACAAACCCAGGAUUUGUUGAUGAAGAAGGGAGGUUAAGGAUCUUCCCUUACCAUGAUUUCACUCAAUCUUCCCAUGGCUGCAGCCGCUGCCCACCAAAUAUGUGCAAGGGUCUCAUCAUUGAAAGAAUCCAGGCUUCCAUAGCAAAGGAGGGAAACAAGAAAAUCAUAUAUCUUGGUGAUGGUAUUGGUGAUUAUUGCCCCAGCCUGAAGCUUACAGAAGCAGAUUAUCUCAUGCCAAGGAAGAAUUUUCCUGUGUGGGAUUUGAUUUGCAAGAAUCCUAUGCUUAUAAAGGCAGAAAUUCAUGAAUGGACAGAUGGGGAGGAGCUAGAACGUGUAUUGCUUGAGAUUAUUGGUGCAAGUUCUUCCAUGGAAGACAAGUCUGCUGCUCAGACACUCUCGUCUGCUGAUUGCAAAUUGCAGACUAUUUCAAUAGGUGCCCAUGAAGCCUUGCCUAAAGCUCUUUCUGUUCCUCAGUAAGCUUUUGCAACCCAAAUGCUGGCAGAUGCCACCACACCUACCAAGUUGACAGAAUUUUUCUCUAUCCCUCUCUAGUUUAACAAGAAGCAAGCAAUUAUUGUGUAAUGCUGCUUUUGAUCAAGAAUUGGAUCAAGAAAUGAAUCAAAAUGCCAAUGUGCUUUAACUUUGUAAAA